AUGUCGUUUACUCACAUGGGAGCUGGGUUAGCCAGCACCGACUCUUCAAGUUCCCAGAUGUAUCGCCGCGGAGUUCUCAUCCAUUGCCCCUCGGAGUUUUCUGUUGAUAUCGUCCCCCCGAUGAAGGAAGGAUCGUCAUGGCACUAUGGUCUGCGGGUCAAACCGCUCCCAAACUUAUCAAUGUCGCCACCCGGUGGCCCACUUGGGGACGUAAACCAGAAACGUGUCAAGGGAUAUGAAAUUCACCGUAAAUGGGAAGAUUGUCUCGAUUUGCAGCGGACAUUGGAGAAGGAAUAUAGUGCAGUAGUCAAGGUUCGCAAGGGCAAGGGAGGCAAAAAGGGCCCACCGGUGUACGGAAACCUACAACGGGCUGCUUCAUUUGAUUCACUCCCGACCGGGCCAGAUCCCAAGACCAUCCCAAACGACAUUCAUGCAUUCGUCCCCCGCCUGGCUGCUAAAUCAUCAUUGUUUCGUGGAGCUUCUGGGAGUACGCUAGUCCAACAGCGUUCCGAAGAAUUUAACGAAUUUAUUGGUGCAUUGUUUGCACCGGGUGCCUCUGUUCUGAUCGACCAGGCUCGACAGGCCCCGGCCGUACGGGAAUGGUUUGGAUUCUGGCGAAGGGAUCGGGAUGCAAUGAGGCGUAGGGAUAGCGAGCGGGCGAGCGUUGCGCCUAGCAUACGACGACUCUCGAUCGCACCAUCUGAUGCACCUCCACUUCCCACGAACAUCGCCCAGGACAGGUCGACUUCUCCAUAUACAUCUUCUCCACUCGCACAGACGUCAUACGAAUCAACUCCUAUCGCCCUGGAUAUUCAGGAACAGCCCCGACCGUCGAAUGAGACCACAUAUGGUGAUUUGGCAACCGCGCUCGAUACAUUUCCGAUGCCUCCGACGCCUCAAGAUGGCCCAGUCGUUCUUGACCCGUCUUCUAAAUUAACCCAGCCUCCCAGUGGGUUUGUGCCAAUUGUACAGCGCCGUUUAGGGCUUGUGCGAAGCGAUGCGGCUCGGGGUACAUCAUUCCGAAACGCACAAUUCUUUAGCGCACCUGUGUCCCCGCUCCCGUCUGUACCCGGGUCAGUCGUACCAUCAGACUGCGAGUACGAAAGUGACGUGCAGCAGUUCGAGGCCAUACGUGGACCGCGGGCCAUCUCUCGGUCCAUCACUUCUCGUAUGGAAGAGGAGAAACCCAAGUCAGGGCGUCAGCGAAGGGCGACAUCGCCUUCAAUGUCGAGUGGAUCCAUAUCACUUGUCCAUUCAACGCCCUCGUCGGCGUCUCCCAGAUCUUCUCAAACAUCGGAUUGGAGUAUGGGGCUGAGCCAGAGUCUUAUACAGGCUUUGGCCAUGUCAGAAACAAGCGAAGAGCCAGCUUCAACAGACGACCAAAGCGAGAUCGAAAAGAUGCGCAAAAUGUCGCUUUCCUCGCUCUCUUCGUCGUCGUCCAGACGUCUUCCUCCUCCUAUCCCUCCUCGCUCAAGUCUGCGCCGCCCAUCAGCCUCUCAUAUGCGCCAUCAAAGCGAUGCGACGACGAUUGCCAAACCAUCUAUCCCAGGGGAAGCCUCACCAACAGUCGUCUACGACGAAGAAGAGCCCGACUUUGAGAUUGUGACGCAUACGGUGCUCAAUUCGUACCUCGAAGAUGCCCGACUAUCGCUCCUCUCGUCCGAAUGCGCCAUCUCGUCCAAUUCAGGUUCGUCUAUUCGACGAAGCAUGACGCCCAGUAUCGCAUCUGCGUAUUCGACCUCAUCCGCAGGAGGACGAGACUCGAUAUCUGGCCAUGGAAUCCCGCCUCCCGUCGCACCGUCUCCCACCACCCCUCUCCCACCCUAUCGUUCUGUGCCGGGUAUCCCGAACGGCACCGCUCUCGACCGUACGAGAAAUGCUCGCGUCCAAGUUCAGACAAGCAGCCGGGGUCCAACUCGACCUUCUCAAACACGGCUUCGUGCUCGGAUACGUGAACCAGCGUCAACGGCAGCAAAACAACAGCACCUGCUUCGGCCCGGUACGUCGGGUGGUCGACCGGGUACAGCAGGGAACGGCGCUCCGCUUCCGCCUCCAAGGUCGAGCGGGCGCCCGGGGACUGCACCCAGCGGAGGCCGGACACGAUCGUCGAGUCUCUCGUCGGUCGCUGCGUGCGCGGACCCCAUGCACCUCUCGUUGAUCGUCACGCAGCGGGAUUGGGAGAACGCGGUGAUGAAACACGGGGAGAAGAUGACUGUUCGGGUCUUGCUCGCCGGCGUCGACUAG